GUUGAUCUGAGCCUUGAUGUUGGAAAACCACUACAGUGUCCAACUUUCGGCUGUCGCAGAUUAACCUCCUCCGACUUCACUCGCCGACUUUCAUCUAAAGCUUUGUUAGGCUUACCGCUCGAUCACACCCACUGUCUGUCCUGCUGGGUUUUGAUGCAGUCUUUACCCGACUAGGUCAAGUUAGGAUUUGUCAGUGUGAGCUUUUGUUCCAACCCCAUUACUGUGUUUUAGGUGCCAAGCUUAUGUUAAUGUUACAGCAGUGUGGAGAUUCCUAGAUGUGAAAAGUGUGCAGGAGGGCAUGAGACAAAGGAAUGUGUGGUAUCGGUGGGAAAUGUUGUGUGUGUUAACUGUAGGGGUACCCAUGUUGUUGGAGAUCAGAAGUGUCCGGUGAGAGAAAGGCAGGUCGAGGUUGUCAGGGUCAGAGUAGUACAGAAGCUGUCGUAUGAUGAGGCAGUUAAGAGAGUAGUAGAGGAAGAUGGGUCCAGGGUGAGGGAUCCUAAGACGAUCCCUGUGAGUAGCCCGAGGCCAAUAGAGAGUGAUAGGAAUAACAUGUUCUUCAGUAAGGUUAGCUUCUUAGCAUUAUUAGCCAUGAUUAUCAACUGUACCACAGAAAUGGAAUGUAAAUCACAGAAAAUAUAUGUUGUGGUGGCAGCUGCAGAGAAGUAGUUGGGUGUACAAGAUUUUACAGCAGAAGGUGUGUUGAGCGAUAGUGUCCCAUCCUGCCAGCCUGGUGUAGGAUCAGAUAGAGCCAAAGUAGUGGAAUAGUGGUGAGAUUUUAAUUGGUGUAGGGUUAAUUAGUUGGCAGGGCACAUUGUUUUCUUCCCGAACAGUAGGCAGACACACAGCCCACACAGAAGGUGGUGGCAUGCACCUCUAACGUAUGUUUUCAGACCGCCAUAAUACCAUAGAACAAGAAGUAGUAGUCAGGUAUGGGAAGGAGAAGGAGGAGCAUGUGAGCUGUCUGACAGGUUUGGCUGGUCUGUUGCUCCCUUCCAUUCUGUCUCUGCAGUAGAAUUCUGCGGUUUGUAUCCUCUGUGGCGUGCUGAGCUGUGGAGAGGCCUAGAGUUCUGUUGGGGACCUGUAAGAUUUUACUUCCAUUCUAAAGGACUUUAGGGCACUAGGGUUCAAGUGACAUCCUUAUGGGAACUGGAAGAAGACGGAAUCAUAUCAGCCACAAACAAAAUCCUGUCAGCUUUUGGGGACAGUAUGAUCCUGGAGUGAAGACAUCUGAAUAAUUUUGACUUUGGGUGGCCAAAAAAAGCAGGAUAAAGACAGGAGUCAAGUACAAAAAAGCCCACCUGUGCUCCCCCACCUCCAGCAUGCCUGUGGAGACACUACACUACAGCCUGGCCUGAGACAGCCGGGGGCAGUGAGGGCUGCUGCUGCUGGAAUGCCCAACCGCCUUCUCAUGCCCAACCGCCGCCUCCUCCAACCAAGAACAUUGGAAGCAACUGAGCCCAGGCAGAGUGCAGUGGAGAGACUGGCAGUAGACAAGGCUAAAUAUGUCAAGAACCAGGUGGCCCUCUUUAAGCAACAGCCAAUCAAAGUGCCUCCACCUAUCAUGCGCAAGCCUCUGAUGUCCCCUGCCCCCGCCCUGCGGCCCACCCGUAAGGCACAACUGCCUCGCCCUGACUACACCCAGCAAGGGAGUUCCCCACUGGACCUGGAGCACCUGAGUAACCUGAUCAACGGGGUGGGUGAGGCUGAAACUCCCCCUACCUCCCCAACCAUGGACCCAGUGGAGAGUAGUCAGGCCCGUGACUGCCCCACUACCAACUCUCCCUGUCCCUCUCCAAUCUCUGCUGGAGCUGGGUCAGGGGCUGCUGAGAGUAUCCAGACCCUCUGUUCUGAGUGGUCCACCCCAGUCAAAGUUAGGGUAAAUGCCUCUGGCCCACUAAGUCCUACAGGGUCUCCUACUGCAGUGACCAUACGUAGAGUGGACGUCAUACCCCACCACACCACACCAGUGAGGACGCCCCUUAGAGCACAGCAGCAGAUGCGCGUCCCAUUGCAGCCCAUGGCUCUGCAUGCACACACCCAGAUCCACAACGCUAUGUCACCUCUGCGUCUCUUCCACCCCCGAACUACCUAUGCACCAGGCCCUGCGUCUCCUAAACCUGUCCCAGCCCCUCCACCACAAAAUCACACCCCAACCCCCACCUCCCUGUCUAGCCCCGUCCAGCUCCCAGCCAACCCCCCCGUACUCCCACCCUCCCCGUCGGUCACCUGCCUAUCGUCCGGCAGCUCCAGGAAACGUCCCUCUCUGAACCGCUCCAAAUCCGACAUGAGUGACCGUUACUCCCGGGCCAGUACUGAGCUGGAGCGCUUCUUCAACCUGUGUGGUUUGGACACUUCGGAGAUGCAGGUGCUGAAGGGGCCAGGCUCAGACAUCGCCUCCCUUGCACAGUUCCGCAGUGCCAGCGCUCCUGGGUCAGAGUGUGCAGGCCAAGAGGGUGAAGAGGAAGGUGGGGCUGCAGAGCCGGCACCCUAUGGCGUCUCAGUAAUUGAGAGGAACGCCAGAGUUAUCAAGUGGCUUUAUGGUAUCCGCACAUCCAAGGAUAGUGCCAGGAGCACCAACAUGUAGGGCCAUGAGAGACUGAUGUAAAUAGAGGCAGGGGAGAAAAACAUGGCGGUGCACUUUAAACACAAUUCCUGUACAGAGAAAAAAGCAGGAGAAGUGUGACUGCCGGUAUAAACCAACUAAUGAAAAUGAAAGGAAGGGACUGAUCUGGACUAAUAGUGAAGGACACUGUCUGUCAAUGCAGUUUGAUAGUGUUGGACAUCAUUUUGUGCAAAUUAAUUAUUGCAUGGUACUUGGUACUAACACCCGUUUCAUCCAGUGCAAAGCAGCAGUGUUUGGUGAAUGACGCUUCUAUUGAUGAUGUGGAUCCUCUGUACCUCAUCUCCCAUUGGUCAUCAAGGAGGCUCAGAAAAGGCCUGAUGUCCAAGGCUACUCACCUUCCUCCAGCCAUUAUCAUUGGUAGUUCCAUGGUGAAGCACAUCUUAGUUGCUGGAGCUAAAACCCUGUUCUACCUGGGGGCUACGGUGAAGGAUAUCACAGGAUUUAUUUUGUCUAUCCUACAUCAGCAGCCAAGAGCUGCUGCUGUUGUAGUGCAUGUGGGAUCAAAUUAUAUCAAAAAUGGUAAAUCAGAGAUAAUGAAACAGGAUUUUAUUGAGCUGAUCAACACCCUAAAAGGCUCUGAAAGGCAGCCGAUUAUAUCUGGCCCCGUGCCUUCGCUGAGUCGCGACUGCGAAAGGUUCAGCAGGCUUUUAGCACUUCAUAUCUGGCUUAAAGUCUACUGCCAUUCUGUUGGCAUAACUUUUAUUGACAAUUUUUUACACUUUUUGGAAACAAAAGAUGCUAUCCAGGGAUGAUGGACUCCACCCAAACCAUCUCCAGUAGGAGCCCGGACUCUCUCUCGUCACAUUUUAAAUUUUAUUUUAUCAACCAUCAGACAGGGUCCGCAACCACCUAUUGAACAUACAUACAAACAUAGCUUGUUUGAGUUGGAAUUUCCAUGUGACUUCAGAAAUCGUAAAGGACUUGGGUUGAUGCAUCUGAACAUUAGGUGCUUACUUCCUGAACUGAAUUACAUUAAGAUCUGGGCUAUGCACAUGAAUUCGGACAUUCUGGUAUUGACUGAAACUUUCUUGACAUUCUCGACUCUGAUAUUAAUAUUGAGGGUUAUCAUGAGUUCAGAGCUGACAGACAAGGUAGAGGUGAAAUCCAUUUCCCUUGCCAAAAUGUUUUAGAUACUAUCUUUAAGUCAUUCAUAAAAUAGAUCAAGGCCAGGAACACAGGUGUAGGCAAGCUUUUAAGCAACUGAGGAACCAUUGUGAAAAAACAAAUAUAUUAUUAUGUAACCACUCUCUGAUUGUAAGAACCCUGCCAAAUUCUGGAAAACUGCAGCGCUCAAUACCCCACAUUUUUUUAUUUAACAUUGUUGUUGGGAAAUAAUCGAAAAUGAUAUAAAUCUGUUCUUGUGCUGCCACUCCAUAAUGGUGGGGAUAGUAACAUUAGUGAUCUUAAUCAUUAUCAGCCCGUUUCAAGGCUUCCUUGUCUCUUUUAGAUUCUUCAAUCCUUGGUAAAUGCACAACUUUGCUCUUUUAUCUGAGAAAUGUAUUUUGAAUGUAAACCAGUCAGAGUUUAGACCUGGGCAUGACAGUAUUACUCCAAUCACUUCAGUUGUUAAUGAUCUUGUCAAUACUUCAGACACUAAAAUGAAAUGUGCUGCUUGUUUGUGGACCUGUCCAAAGCUUUGAUAUUGUUGAUCAUGCUAUUUUAUUGAAUAAGUUGUGACGCCUGUUUAUGGUUUCAUAUGGUUUCAUGAUUAUUUUAGUGAAAGAACUCAGAACUCAGGCUAAGUCAGAAAUUUCUUGAAGUGCAUAAAUGUGUACCACGGUUCGAUUUUGGAACCUGUUCUCUUCACUGUUUAUAUAAACACCAUUGGUCAAUCUGUUUAUGUGGAUGAUACUAAACUCAGGAAAAAAAGAAACAUCCCUUUUUCAGGACCCUGUCUUUCAAAGAUAAUUCGUAAAAUCCAAAUAACUUCACAGAUCUUCAUUGUAAAGGGUUUAAACACUGUUUCUCAUGCUUGGUCAAUGAACCAUA